AUGGUAGUUUGGCCCUUCGAACCUCGCUUGUUUGAUCUAAUCGAGCAUAGGUUACAGAUCCACCAGAACCACAUAGUCGACACCGGGCUGAGAAGUUGGUCGAAACUCGGGGACCCUGCCAGCGAGGCGGCGGCGGGCAGCAGCGCCAAUUCAGCAGAGGGUCAGACAUCGGGCUCGCAGCUAUUGUCUUCUCAUUUCCGCAACCAUGCCAACGACCUCACUAUCGUUGGAGCACUAUCUGCAGAAGGGAAGGUUCUGGGAGAUUCCUACAGUCGGCUGAAGACUUUGGCCACCGACUUCAGCUCGCUGAGUAUCGAAGAGGUACUUCGGCAUCUAGCUGGCAUAUUCGUCGGCAUACUCGUGCACGGUGUGCUGUCGAGCGCACGGGUAGUUGUGGAUGCAUUGAUUGAUUUCAUCCAAAGCUUUACCGAUGAGGCCAUGUCCCUGUUGGACACCAAGCUCCAUAUCCCCGUGGUGACCGAUACCUUGAAUCUCCUGGGCAUCCCCGACAUCUCUUUUCUAGACCUUUUCAUGUGGAUGGGAGCUGUCGCCUACACCGUCGUUUACAAAGUGAUAAAUAAUGAACCCCAUUUCCCAGACGACGGUAAUUUCGCUGCUCUCAUCGCCGCCAGCAGCUGGGACGAGUUGAAACAGUCGUUAUCUUCGUCACCAGCUUCCCCGCGCGCGCUCUUCCCAACUGCUCAGCAGUCCAUUUACGCGUGCGCCAAUACCAUGAGCAGGAUGAUACUGUUCAUCGGCAACAUUGCCCUAUUCAUGGAGGCUCAGGCACCCACGGCGGCGUGGUGGCCCAGCAAUGUCCUGUCACCCAAGGAUCCCAUCCAGGACUUUGGUAUGAAGGUUCUUUCACGCUUUUGUUUCGGACUCGAUAUUGCCACCAGCUUCCUUGGAUUCACACCCGUCUAUGGCAAGCUCGUGGCUAUCACGAGCAGGUUCCCCUAUUUGCUACCGAGUGAUGGACGGGCAGUGGGUGCUGUCUUCAAGGCACUUCUCCUCAUUUCCAAGUUGAUGGCUACGUCGUACCAUUUGUAUGAACUUACCAGUGAAGAGGCUGGUGCGGCUCGAUCUGCAGCUAUCGUGGGCGAGGUAGCGAAUCUCACCGGGGCUGUAGUUACAGUCUCGUAUGCGGCUGAAAUGAAUGACAAGGAGCUGGCAAGCCGACAGGUUCCGAUCCGGGUUAUGACUCUAUGUGUCGAUCUUUGGUCUGAUUUACUGGUUGCCGAAUCAAUGAUCCAUUGA